GUUGUCGCGCGAAAAUUAUGCGGAAGUAACAUGGCCGCGGCAGUAAACAAAUCCACGCAGUGAAUGAUUUGGGAUAUCGGUAAUGAUGGAUGAAGCAUCAUCAAUCUUAUCUCAGUCUACAUCUGAAUCCUUGGAAUGGGUUGCCGUGGGAAAAGAGGCAGAAUUGAAGGAGAAGAGAAGGAAAACGUUGGAGGUAUCGGACAGGAAGGUCACAAUCUUCUUUCAAGAUGGCAGGUUUUAUGUCUUGGAUUUCCAUUGCUACCAUGCCGGAGGACCACUGGAUGUUGGAAAUAUUGAGGAAGUAAAUGGAGUAAGUUGCGUCGUGUGUCCGUGGCAUAAGUACAAGAUCAGCUUAGGGUCAGGCGAGGGAUUCUAUCAGUCCAUCGACCCACAUGAUAGAAAGAAACCCCCCUGCUGGAAGUCAAAGGGGGUCAAGCAGCGAACCCACCACAUUGAGGUCAGAGGUCAAACAGUCUACGUCAAACUGUCAACAUCCAAGACAGAACUGGAGUCUGAUCACUAUUAUUCCAAGAAAUAUCGAGAUAUGAUGGAUCCAAGUUAACGAUUGCCAAUUACUGGAGGUCUAAAUUGAAUUGAUAUAAUUUUUGAUAUGUGCAAUUGCUAUUGCUAAAAGAGUAAAUUAAAAUUAUUUAUGCUAGCUGAUAGGAAAUAACAUACAAAUAAUGAUUGUUUAUGAGUGCAAUGGUGCGAAUAUGUUCAUGAGUUGAAAGAUGGAAUGUUCUAUUCAACGAGGCGGAGCCGAGUUGAAUGGAACAUUCCAUAUUUUUCUUCGGAUGGAACGAAAAAUGCAUGGUGAAUGGUACAAAAGAUGCACGGUGAGUGAUGUAGUACUUUUAUUUGCUAUCAUGUGACGGACAAUCCUCCAAUCAAAUGUCAAGGAUCUGCUUGGGUGUUAUUUAAUAAGGUUUAUAAAACACCUCUUGCUAUAAUGUAAUUUAGGUUUUACCAUUUCACCUAACACUUGUUGGCAAAGGCGUCCUUACAUGCUUUACACUUAACCAUGCUGUAGUUUUUGCAAUUCAGCUUCUCAGCAGCAAGUAAGAAUGAUUUUAGCCCCUCAAUUGUUAUAAAUAUGUCUAAACGGUUAGCAUUUUUAAAAAUAAAAAGUGUGUAUCUCAGAUAGUUGUAUUUAUAUGUUACGGGUAUAUCUUCUUUUAUAAACUUAACAUUUUUAAAUAGCUUUGUAGUUUGUACCUGUGCAGGGAGAUUGGAAAAACAAAAACAAAUUACAAAAUCAAAUUUGUCUUUGUACGAGUUUCUUGGUGGUUUGUUAUGGAAAUAAAUGUGUGUUUUGCUAGAAGCUUAGAAUGGUUAAUCAAGGUGUAGCUGACAUAACUAGUGCUAAGCAUUUACUUGUUCAACUCAAACAUUUUCAGCACACAAACACAACAGUUAUGUUUGUUUCCAGUUUGAUAGACAUGGUCAGUCCGAAACACACACAUAACUUUGAACCCUUGCAUUCAGGUCACAUUUGGCUACUGUCUAUCUAGUGCCUGGCCUGACAUUUUUUGAGUCAAUUUGCAUGUUCAAAUAUGGCGCGUGACUACCUGCACGCCAAUGCCUAACAUGAUAGUGUCCUUCACAACAAGCAAAGAAAAUAAGUCCAAAAUGGUGCAGCAAAGAAUACUGUGUUGAUGUCGACAGAUGAAUUGUAUCGGGGCAAGCUUUUGUAUGCCUUUGGAUGAGCAAACCCUGGUACCAAUGUGCCAUUUAGACAUUCGUUCAGGUGUCCACUGCUUUUUUUGUAUGCAACUACACAAAAGCUUGCCCCGAACCAAAGCAGUGUGACUUGGCAAGUCAUUGCACCAGAAGUUGUAUAAAUGUAACUUGCAAAUUGCUUAAUAGUCUAACCAACCCACUGGCAAUAUAACAAAUAAGUGUUGGUUCUGAAUUGCAGUCACAACGAUGUUUUGAACAAUACACCUUGCUUGAAUUGUCUUUAGGAGAAUGCACAAGUUGUACGAGAAGGAUUUGCCCUGGAAUUCAGCAAUGUGGCCCUACGAAUACCGAUAACGCACCCAUGUCUAAAACCAAAGACUACAAAUUCACAUACAUUCCCAUACAAGCACACAACACACAAAUCAUAUAAUUAAUUACCAGCAUUCAGAACUUAAGAGUCCCUCAGCAGGAAGCAUUUUAAUUUCACUGAUCAUUAAGUUUCAGUCAUAGAAAUAAAUCAGAGAAUGGCCACUUUUUAUAACAGGCAUGAUAUAUGGGUUCAGAAAAAUGGUAAGAAGAUUUCAUCAAGUACAAUUGGUGACCUACAUGUAUGCGUUAGAGGACUUUUUAGGCAAUGUUUUUAACUUUUCCAAAUGCAAAAACAGACUUGAAGCCAUUGGACCCUUUCGGUAAACAGUGUUGUCCAAGGC